GUCCUCAGGUUACUUAACCAGUUUAUUGGCAGAAACAACAAACACUGGAACACAGUCGCUUUAAUGGCUCCGCUCUUAGUGCUUCUACUCGUUUCCCUUCUGCGCCCCGUAGAACUCAAAGUGUACGAGACGGAAGAUGCCAUAAUAAUUGACGCAGAACCCGAUGGCGUGAGGAAGACCCGCGACGUGGGCCGCCAGUGGCCGCCCGCGCUACCCAUCGGGCCGUGCUUCACGUCCCAGGGGCAGCUCGGUCGGUGCUCCAGCUUCCGCCAAUGCUACCCCUACUUCAAGCUGCCCGAUCUCAACAACUGGGACUCGUGGGUGCUCGGCAUGUACGACACCUGCAGCUACUUCAACAGCAACGGCCGACAGGCUUUUGGAGUUUGCUGCGUGAACCCCUCGUUCCCGGGAAGCGGAAGUGGAUCUGGAGCUGGAACGACUCAGCGCCCAAUCCAGCCCCCUAGACCCACAGCCCCUGUCGUCGCUCCUCCUGCCCCCGCGGCGCCGACGCCGUUCCCGGUGCUGCCGCCGCAACCGCAGCCCCAGAACCCGCAGAACCCUGUGCCCCCUAACUGGCCCCCGACUAUUCCUCCCCUGCCGACCCACCCCCCGGACCACACGGCCGCCACGCACCCUCCCUUCUUCGGAGUCCAACCGACGAAGCCCGCGGCCCCCGUCGUCCCCCAGAACACCACCCCCAGACCAACUAGCCCCAGACCUACGCUGCCGCCCCAGCAGCCCCCGACUGCUCCCGUUUACCCAGCCCAACCCCCGGCCAUCCGGCCCACGCAGCCCCCAGUCACGCCGGCCCCCACCAGCGGUCCCGUCAUCACUGAUGCCUCUUGCGGCGCCAAAAUGAUCAGCGCCAAAGACCAGGACGAGGACCUGCGCAUCGUUGGUGGCCACAACGCGGAUUUGGGCGAGUGGCCUUGGAUCGCGGCGCUUUUCAACGGCGGAAGACAAUUUUGCGGGGGCUCGUUGAUCGACAGCACGCACAUUUUGUCAGCUGCCCACUGCAUUGCUCACAUGACCUCAUGGGACGUCUCAAGACUAACUGUCCGCCUUGGGGAAUACAACAUCAAGAGCAACACGGAAACAAAGCACGUGGAGAAAAAGGUUAAGCGACUGGUCAGGCACCGCGGAUUCGACUCCAGAACCCUGUACAACGACAUUGCCAUCCUCACCCUUGACUCGCCGGUGACUUUCACCAGCAUGAUCCGACCCAUUUGCCUGCCGACCGGCAGCGACGCGUACGACGGCAAGAAGGCCACCGUCGUCGGGUGGGGCAGUCUGAGGGAGAGCGGACCCCAGCCUUCCAUUCUCCAGGAGGUCAACAUCCCCAUCUGGACCAACACCGAAUGCCGCACCAAGUACGGAAACGCCGCCCCCGGAGGAAUCGUGGAACACUUCAUUUGUGCGGGAGAGGCUGGAAGAGACUCUUGUAGUGGUGACAGUGGUGGCCCCCUGAUGGUGAACAACGGCCGGUGGACGCAAGUGGGCGUCGUGAGUUGGGGCAUCGGCUGCGGCAAGGGCCAAUACCCCGGCGUGUACACGCGCGUGACCAGUUUCCUGCCCUGGAUCCAAAAGAACCUGAACUAAAUCGCCAGCGGCCGGCUUCGACUUGACCCUCACGACCCCUGCUGGUCCCCACACGCGGCCGACAGAGGCCGUGAGGCCCCCGACUCGGAGCCCGCGGCGGCCCCCGCGCAGCCCCUAGCCUUCCUCCCCCGAAUCAGUGCCAUUGGACUACCUCUGCAGGCCCGGAAUUAGUUACCAUAGAAAAGAGGCCUGCAAAAGGCUAGGCUAAAAAUUUGCAACAAUUAAUCACACACACACACACAUAUUCCAAGUACAAAAAAGAAAGAAAAGACAUUUUCUAAGAUAAAAAUCACCACAGGUUGUUAUUUGGCACGCAGCAAUUGGUUGGAUAGCUCUCUUUGUUUUAUUUUGAUUUAGGCUCAAAUGUUCACAUGACAUAAAUUAAAAAUAAAUAUAAUAUAUAUUGAA